CAGAAUCACUUCACCACUUCAAAGCUCCAACGUUUUGAGGCACGAGAGAACAAAACGACACCGACCCAUCACCCCAAAAAUGCUGCGCCUCAUAAAGCUGAAACCUUUAUUGCAUUCACCAACUUCAUCUCAUUCGGGUCACAACCUCAUCCAACGGUGCUCCGUUAGCGGCACAGCGAAAGGGAAGGCGAAGAUCAAAGCGGGUCAGUCGCUGAAACGUUCGAAGAUCACAGUCAAGAAAGCCGGAUCCGAUUCCAAAUCCGGACCCCCAGUCGGGUCGCGCGAGAGGCAAGAGCGCGAGCUCCUCUACGAGCAAUGCCUCAACGCACCAACACCAGUUCGCUACCUCACCAAGAACCAACGCGAGCGAGAAUCGGAGCGCGAGAAAUUGGGGUUGAUGAGCAAGGAGCGGCAGCGAGAAAUUGAGAUGAUGAAGAAAAAAAACAACAAGUUUAAGGUUUCGGAGAAACCCACGAUUAUUGGGACACCGGGUUUGGACCUGAUUACGCUGGGUUUGGUGGAGGCGGAGAAGCUUCCGAAGUAUGAGUUAACGGUGGAGGAUGGAAGGAGGUUGGCGAAGGAGUAUAGUAGGGUUAUGAUGAGGAAGCAUAGAGCGAGACAAGCUGCGGAAUCGACGCUUUUGAGGUUGAAGAAAGAGGCCAUUGAAGCAUUGCCUCAGCAUUUGAAAGAAGCUGCUUUGGUACCUGACUUGACCCCUUUUCCUGCGAAUCGUUUUAUGGCCACUCUCACUCCUCCCAUUGAGGGUUAUAUUGAUAAGGUCAGAGAAGCAGCUAACAAGAUCAGUGGAUCAGAGAAGAUUAGAUGAUCGCAGGUUUGGUUCACCUUCAAGUGGCGGAAGCAUUUUUCUUCUAAUGUGGUCGGCGAGCUAUGGAACUUGGAUUCCUUAGGUUGUGGCAGAAUCUGAAAAUGUGGAGCUUAUUGAGUAAUAAAAAUUGUUCUCAGAAUGGUAGUUUAGAGGAAUAACUCGUGAACGUCAAGUACUUCAAGUCUUUCUGUAUUUUCCCUUUUGAUAGGAAUAUGUGAAUGAGUAAAUCAUAAUUUUCCUUUUUCUCAUAUAAA